AGAGAGUGAUUUCAGUGUGUUUGGUUAUAAAACAGUAAAUCGUAAUGGGAAGUCGCGAUGAUUAUUGCAGUAUCUCCAUUAUCACAGCUAGGGCUUGUACUGAAAUUAGGAAAAGAAGAUCGGAAACCUGUACCCGGAGUUUUACUACUUGUAUAUCGCCGAGAUGGAUUUUUUCCCGGUGGUUCGAAACAGGGGAGAGAAAUAAGGACGCAGAGAAAGUGAAUCAGCUUCAAUGUGGAAGCACCAGAAAUAAGGGGAAGAAGAAAAAGGAUAAGGAUUCUCUUACGGAAUUCGAUACGAAAUCAUCUACCGUAUUGGAAAAUCCAGGAGGAGAAAAGAAAGCAGAUUCUAUGAACUUAGGCAUUGGAUUUGGUCUAAUUUAUCUGUUCAACUCUACCAAAAAUGAGCUCAACAAGAUCGUUGAGAUUCGUCGAGAAAUGGAAAUCCUGCUUCAUAAUUCCAAGAUGGAAUUACAAAACCAAAGAAGAAUCAGAAGUAAUCCAUCUGGUGCAUCAAAUUUAAGAACCAAAAUCUCAUACUACGAUUCGGAUUGUGUUGAACACUUUACAUACUCAACUGAUAUAGAAGAAGAAUCAGAAAUCACUUGCAGCCAUGAUGAUCACCCUUUAAACUGCAAAUUGAUGAAAGGAAAUGAAAGGAAUUCGGAAAUGAACCAACUUGAAGCAGAGCUUGAAGUCGAAUUAGAACGUUUGCAGUUCCAUUUAGAUUCAGAUAUUAUGUUCAAAUAUCCAACACAACAAGAUGCAGAGAUUAUGGAUGAAUAUAGCUCAGGUGAAGGAAGCCACAGUACAAGCUUUGCAGAAGUCUACAACCCUAACUGUGGAGUUCCUGCAGAAGAAUUGAAGAGGAGGCUGCAUGAGCUUCUACAGACAAGGCAAGAAGAAAGGAUCAAAGAACUGGAGUCAGCUUUAGAAUCCACCAUGCAAAAACUUGCUGAAAAAGAAAAAGAGGUAUGUUGGUGGAGAGACACUGCUAAGGUCAUUUCUCAACAUGCUCCGAGUCGUCGAUCACUUACUAAGUUGGGUUAAAAACCACACUCCACCAACCUUGAAGGAAACUGUCCAAAGCUUUUUUGGAUAGAAAGAACUUAGGAAACAAGGAGGGAAAGUUGAUUGCCUAGAAAAAGUGAACCUUUUUCCAUGUAUACAGUUUCAUGUAAAAGAAGGUGAAGGAAAUAAACCACAACUUAUAUAUCAAA